GCCGGGGCUGUGUCACACAGGGAGUCACCACGAGAGGGAGGGACUUAGGCAGUAGGACAAUGCUGGUGUUUGUGCAACGGCCCCUGAGUGGCGGCUGGCUCUCUCAGAUCGCUCUCGCUUGACUACCAUUGCUGCACGCAUUGUUGAAGUGAAAAGAAAGUGGACAGCUUGAUCCUGUCUGUGGGAUGCACCGACAGAGGCAGUGAGGAAGAGUUUGGGUUUUGAUGUGAGGUACAACAAAGCAGAAAGGCUGGCCAGAAGACACAGAUCAAACAUUGGUGGUUUUGGCAGAGACAGAAAAAAAAGGCAUCCGCCCCUGCUGUACCAAGGAGAAAAAGAAGAAGGCGGUCCACUGCUGCUACAUUAAAUGAAUCAGUGAGCUGCAUUUUUGGUGUGGGUUGGCAGGUGAAGGUUGAGCUGUGGUGACAACUUUAGGCUGUGUGCUUAACUGUGGGAGGGAAGAGGAAGAGGAAAAGGAAGACGAAGAGGAGGGGUAGCUGGAGGAGGAGGAGGAGAAGAGGAGGAGUAGUGGGCCUGGGCCUGGAGCCCAAACACAAGCACGAUGUCGGAGAAGAAAGUUAGCCUCCCAGCUAAGCUGAUUAAUGGGGGCGUGGCAGGCCUGGUUGGUGUGACAUGUGUAUUUCCUAUUGACCUGGCCAAGACCCGCCUACAGAACCAGCAGGGCGUCCAAGUCUACAAAGGAAUGUUGGAUUGCCUGGCAAAGACGAUACGCUCAGAGGGCUAUUUUGGAUGCUACAGAGGUGCAGCGGUGAACCUCACUCUCGUUACGCCAGAGAAAGCCAUCAAGCUGGCUGCCAAUGACGUCUUCAGACAGAAGCUCUCUAAGGACGGGCAUUUGCCUCUGUGGGGUGAGGUACUGGCAGGGUGUGGGGCUGGGACCUGUCAGGUGGUUGUCACCACUCCCAUGGAGAUGCUUAAAAUCCAGCUACAGGAUGCAGGGAGGCUUGCUGCCCAGAGGCCUGUUCGAACUCCAGCUCAGGCUGCAGCUCCUGGUCCAGCUCCAUCAUUGGUGGCCCCUCCACCAGUGCAGCCAAGGCCUCCACCUCGGCCCUCAGCCACCAGCAUCACUGUGGAGCUGCUGAAGACUCGUGGGCUGGCAGGCCUCUACAGGGGGGCAGGAGCCACCUUAAUGAGGGAUGUACCCUUCUCAAUGAUCUACUUCCCGCUGUUUGCCAACCUAAAUGCACUGGGCCUUGAAAAAGUGGGUGAUGUACAGGCCCGGGCGCCAUUCUGGCAGUCUUUUGUGGCAGGCUGCACUGCAGGUUCAGUGGCAGCUGUGGCCGUAACACCGCUGGAUGUCAUAAAGACUCGCCUGCAGACCUUGCAAAAAGGUGAGGGGGAGGACUCAUACAGAGGAAUUAUUGACUGUACACGGCGGAUCAUGACGCGGGAGGGCCCAUCAGCAUUCCUAAAGGGUGCAACGUGUCGUGCUCUCGUCAUCGCCCCUCUUUUUGGCAUUGCGCAGGGUGUCUAUUUUCUAGGGGUAGGGGAGAUGGUGCUAGGUUUUCUGGGAUAGCAGUGCUUGGCAUUGGUGACGGUGGUUGUGUUGUCUCUGCUGCUUUAAUCUGCAGUGAAUGAAUGACACAACUGAGUGAACGGUGAAUACAGAGAGAGGGGAAACACGGCCACAAUCCGCUAACCAAAGGAAGAGGAAUGGUCUGAGAUAUGAAGAGGCUCUAUUUACUAAUUUGUGGAUCAAUGGGUUCACACUAAUCAUGUUUCUCUAGCUAUUACAUGCUGUCAUCAGGGUUCUGUAGGUUAAACAGGGUCCUGUGUAUGUGUGUGACUAAUCUGAGGGUAUGUCUCCCAAGUUGCCUGGGUUGUCCCGGCGCUUGCUGCAAUAUGUCUGGGGCUAUACCUUUCACCUGAAAGAGAUUAUUCUGUCUGGUCGUAAAGAGAGAGCUGCUGCAUGUUGCUCAAGGCUGCUAACUUAAAUGCCUACUGAUCUGACCAUCUGUGUGGUCGUGACGAAGAACUCUUCAUCGUCCUACGUAAGUGACAAAUUCCCUUUUUCAGUCUUUAUCAGAAGAUUGCAUACAUUUGAUGUCAGAGUCUGAACUGGCUAUUUUGGCCUGACUUCAAAAGCCAAUCAUUUAGAUUUCAAUGUUUGAUGUGUUUCUCUAGAAAAGAGGCUUAAUGUCAUUCUGCCUACCCUGUUAUGUGUUCCUCCCACUCCAUCCGUGAGGUCUGAGUUGUAAUCUUGGAUUCCUUCAGUGGAUUGGGAGGUGCUGGCUGCCAGAAACUGUAAGGUCAUUCGUUAAUCUGAUGGUAAUGCUUUAAUCCCAGCAUUAGUGUAUAAUAUACCCUAACACACAGCUCACUUCCUGCCUAAAGGCCACAGGUUAGACUGUUGGGCCGCUGUCUCAUAGCCUUGACUUCCUUUUCUCCACACAGCUUGGGCAGGUUUUAAAUAAAACCUGUGAGAAUUGUAUCAUUUUACUUCUUAGUUACACAUAAAAUGCAUUGCUUUAAAUCAUGUGCGCACAAUAACUAAAAAAUGCAAUUAAAGCCUUAUCAUUGCUGAUAGUUUCUAAAGCAUUAAAACUGUAGGUCUGAAAGGAAUUCAAUGAAAUUGGUGGUGUUGAAACAUUGAAUUGAUACUUGAGUACAACUUAGCGAGGACAAUUCUAUUUGUUAGACCCAUGGAGGGAGUAUGGCACCUUGUCAAGCCAACUGUUUGCCAUUACUUAAGUCCACUGGGUGGGACUAAAGGAUUUUUUUUUUUUACAUUUUUAAUGCAAGACACAUUUUGAUGUGGCUAGUGUACCUAGGCUACUACAUUUUCCUCAUUGUAGAGUGAACUUAGCCUGAGUAAACUGUUUGUUUACAAGCUGUAAAUAAAGAUCUCAAUCAUGCCGA